AUGCCUGGAAAGAAGGGUGUACACGGUGAGGAAAGUACUCAGAAGAAAAGAACAAAACGAAUUGUACAAGUUGCAUCACGGGCAGUUGGUAGUGUUACAUUGGAACAGAUUCUCGCAAAGCGAAACCAGAAACCGGAUUUUCGUCGUGAGCAGCGUGAAAAAGCCAUAAAAGCCGCGAAGGAAGCUGCCCGUGCUGCGAAGAACGAGAAGAAGGCGGCAACGAAAGCACUGAAGAAGCAGCAGCAGGACCUGCAUUCUUCAGAUAAGGACUUUUACGCUACUGCUGAAUUCAAUUCUUGA